AUGCGUCGUCGCGCCCUCGCGCGCGCGCUCGCGGUCGUCGCAUUCGUCGUGACGCUCGCAUCGCGGCGACGCGCGCUCGUGGACGUCCUCGCGCGCGGUGCGCUCGGGCAUCGGCACCGGGCGCGGUGGACGCGCGACGCGCGCGCGUGCGAGGACGUGAAGCGAGCGGUCGAGGGGUGGGAUGGGAUUGGAGACGCGAACGCGGCGUGCUUCGCGCUCAAAGGCGGCGGACGACGGUCGAGGUACGGCAUCGCGCGCGCGGGACGACGCGGGAUGAAUCACGGGUACUUGGACGGGGCGUUGAAAUUUUUGGGCGACGUCGUCGACGCGUCGGAUGGGUGGAUGGACGAGGGUGGGGGGGUGAUGGUGUUUUGGGUCAUGGAGGACGACGCGACGACGCCGGGGCGUGUCGUGGAUGCGUUGCGCGCGACGGGGGUGAUCGUCUUGGCGCACUCGGUGAAGACGACGUCGAUGCGUGAGAACGUCAUUCUCGUGCCGAACUUUCACUUCAUCAAGACGGAGGGGUUUCGGGGGAAACUCGACGCGUUGGACGCGAAGACGCGCGCGCCGCUCGCGCGACGGAAACCGGCGGUGUUUUGGAGAGGAUCGACCACGGGAACGAUCGAGUGCGGGGCGUCGUCUGAGGCGAGUUGUCAAAGCGUCGGUUCGGAUGAUCCGCCCGGGAGCGACGCGUGCGCGCGUCUUCCCAGAGUGAAGGCGGCGGUGGCGGCGGAAUCCGUCCCGUGGUUGGACGUCAAGGUGAGUCGCAGAGUGCAGGCGUGCGCGCGUCAAUCCGUUCCGAACGCGCGGGCGAUGGGCGAGCACGCGCCCGAAGCCACAUGGGUGGAGCACAAGGGCAUACUAGAGAUCGACGGAAACGUCGACGCGUGGGGAAACAGAUGGCGCAUGGAGAGCGGAAGCGUCGUGUUCAUCGUGAAAUCAAAUUUCGAGCACUACUACACGAAGAGACUCGUCGACGGCACGCAUUACGUCGGCGUCGCCGCGGAUUUGAGCGAUUUGGCUGAAAAGACAGAGCUCGUGUCGAGGACGGAUGCGGCAUCUAUACGCAAGAUGGAGCGCAUCGCCGAGAACGCGCGCGCGCUGAUGCGAGAACUCACGUACGAGCGCGUCGUGGCGGACGUCGCGGAUCGACUACGCGCCGCCGCCUCGGCGUAG